AUGGCAGGCGCAUCAGAAGAGGGACAAGUCAUUGGCUGCCACACUGUUGAGGCAUGGACGGAACAACUCCAAAAGGGCAAUGAAUCAAAGAAACUCAUUGUUGUGGAUUUUACUGCUUCAUGGUGUGGACCAUGCCGUUUCAUUUCACCAUUCCUGGCUGAGCUUGCUAAGAAGUAUGCAAAUGUCGUAUUCCUAAAGGUGGAUGUAGAUGAAUUGAAGAGUGUUGCCCAAGAUUUUGCUGUUGAGGCAAUGCCAACAUUUGUGUUCGUGAAGGAGGGAACUCUUUUGGGCAAAGUGGUGGGAGCAAAGAAGGAAGAAUUGCAGCAGACAAUAGCGAAACAUGUGGCUGCAUCAUCCAGUGCUUAA